AAAUCCUGUUUCACAACCCCAGGGGGUACCUAAUUAAGAGUCUCCUAGUUAAGUGACAAAUAGUGCGAAGCCAACACGGAAGUGAUUGUCGACAACAUAUUUACAAUUAAUAUUUUCGAAAAAUACGACAGUAAUAAAAUAAAUUACUUAUAAUAUUGUAUAGAACAUGAAUUAACAGUACGUUUUGAAUCUUAAAUUAGCAAAAAUAAAUUAAAAUAAAGUUUAACUAGUAUGUACGGACGAUCGCUUGUGCCUAAAAAAGUUAAUGUAGUUUGAUUGACAUUUGGUUUGACAGAAGUCGUGCCGCGCAUCGUCGCUCGUCGAUUCGUUUAAACGUAGAUUGUAUUGUUUGGUUCGUUGGCUUUGUUUAUCAAUAGAAUAGUUUCUUUUCAUAAAAUCAACACGUGCGUAGCGUGGUGAUUUUGUUCAUCAUUACGGACUACAGCCGACUGCAAGUUACACCAAUUUGUAAUACCAGUGUUAAAUCGACGAUGGCUGAAAAAAGGAAACGCGGCCAAAACUUUUCUCUCGAAGAGAAGGAUAAACUUGUAAAAUUGUUACUUCUCCACAAAGAUACAAUCUUAAAUAAAAAAACCGAUGGGGCUACAAAUGAAGCAAAGUGUGAAGCUUGGACAGCGGUUACAAAUUCAUUCAACUCGUCGUCUAAUAUAUACAGGUACAUAUAUAUUUUUGUGUGAUAACUACUGGAGACACCAAAGGUCAUAUGCAUUCAAGAUGACAGUAAUAUAUGGAAGACAAUUGAGGACGUGGAUUUAGAAAUAAAAAUGGACAACUGUCAGAAUUCCACUGAUACUCCAAAAGAAAUUUUGACUGAAGAAAGUGAAGUGCCAAAAGAUUUCCACGAGUCCCAGCUUAAAAAAACCCCAUUGUGGUCACGGAGACGGCCACAUAUAUCAAAUUAUAAUGAGCGGACUGAAGCUUCGACUUUAGUUUCUUCAAGUAUAAGAGAUGUAUAUAAAAAAAAAGAAAAUAUUGAGGAUUUAAAAGAAAAAUUGUUGAGGGAGGAGUUAGAUUUUAAAAAAAAGUUAUACUCCUUACAAUUGCAAGCAGCAGCCAAAGAUCUUGAAAUAAAAAAUGCAAUGUUAGAACAAAUUCAAGGUGGUGGUUUCUCUUUAAAUAAUUUAUAUGGAGGUCAAAAGAAGAAUUAAAUUUAUUUUAGAAUAUAUUGUAUGCCUAUUAGAAUAAAAUUUUGUAUUGCAUUAGCAAA